CUGUACAAUCCCAUAAGAAGAUGUCUGGUAUCGUUUAACAAUGAUAAAAAUGAAUAAAUUUGAGCCAGGCUAUUACCCCUUCAUUUAACCUGGUUGUAAGAUAAUGUUUUUGGAUACGUAGAUUUACCGAAUUAAUUGAAAGGAGACAAAUCUGAAGAAAAGAACGCUACCGAAUUAAGAUGAACAGAAUAACAAGAGUAUACUUGUAUUUUACGACUUGGGUGUCCUUGGCUUUUAUUGCUAUAAUCCUGAACGUUAUAAAUGUGGAUUGGGAAAGAACCAACUACAUAAACGGAAUUAUUAUUGUAGUUGUCCUUGGUAUUUUACAAGGCAGCGUAAUGGAAUUUCCUACUCAAACAAUGGCCACUCUCUUGAUAGGAGGCGAUAAAAGACGAUUAGAUAAAGCUAAAUCCGACAGAUUGACAAUAGCUCUCAAUUACAAUUUAUUAGCAAUGAGUAGAGAUGAAAUAGACGAAUGUAUGGAAACAAUGUACGAAGCUUACAUGGGAAACCUUAGCCCCAAUGUGUCCGCUGUUUUAGUAAGUGCAACGGGCGACGAAAGUUUAAAAGACUACGAAUUAGAAGUUCGAGACCGAUUCAGAUCCGCCAUUUUCGAUGAACUGUUUCAUGAAGGAUCUUGUUUCGCAAAAGAUGAUUUCCAAUCUAUUGAUUCCAUCCGUUUAGAGAAUGUGUGGAGUUUGUAUGGAGACGUGGAUAAAACAUUAUUCUUUCACGAAUAUUUACAUGAUAUCUGUGAUCGAUAUGCUAGAGAAUAUAUGGUAAUACACCGGGUAAGUCGGGUGCUGAGAAAAUGUGGUCAGUAUCAAGACCUGAUGCUUUUGUCUGAAGGCGAAGACGAAGCAUUCUCAUACUGUGAUCCAUUAUUUUAUGGCAAAGGUGCUAGAAAUGAAGGCGAACAACUGUUUUAUGAUUCGGAUGACGUCAAAAAUAUAUUUGGUAGAAAAUUUGAUUAUACACUGGUAUUAGACGGAGAUACUGGUGUUCCGAAAAAAUGUGUCUUCGAUCUGUUAGACAUUGCCGCCGCCAAUCCAGAAAAAGGCAUCAUUCAACCGUCGAUAAAAAUUCAUUGUCAACCGACGGAUACCAUAUUCAUGCAUAUUGAAACAAUACGCCAGCAAAUAUAUGAACCAAUGACAAAUGCUGUCAUGGAAUUAUUAGGACAAUCAGCUUAUUUUGGCAAAGCACUGCUUAAAAACAGAAUUUACAUAGAUAAUGUUAUUGGCAGCAGAGAUCAUCCAAUUGAAAGAGUUCCGAUCGAUGUUCUCAGUCAUGACACAUUUGAGGCUGCCAUUUUAAAACCGCUUUAUGCAGGAUCAGUCUGUCUUCUCGAAGCACCGUCAUUAAAUUUUGUGACAUGGAAUAUUCGUGAACGUCGAUGGAACAGGGGAGAAGUUUUGCUAGCUAUGUAUUUUUGGAAAAAUGGCAUUGGAAAGCCUAUGCGAUGGAUUAAAAAGAAAAUUCAGGGAGAGAACUUUAAUUCAACCAAACUGAGAACAGAAUCUACCCUGAAUUUUGCUAGCAGUUACAUUGCCUAUUCAGCACUAAGACAAAUGGUAAUGAAACCAUUGCUUAUGUUAUAUGUAAUUAUUCACAUCUCGGUACAUUUACGUUAUAGAUAUGCGUCAAUUAUUCUGAUUAUGUUUCUCGUACUAGUGUUCCCAAAAUUUGCAACAUGCAAUAGACAUAAUUAUAAAUAUGUUUUGCUGGAAACGAUCGCAUCGAUGUUCCAAUUUACACCUGAAGCUAUGGUAGGCUGUGUGAGAAUCUUUAAGGCUGUACAAGCAAAUCUUGCAGCGAAUGUUAAAUGGAUUCCUCAAAGGGCAGUGGAAGAUGAGUUCAGAAAUAGCAAUCCAUUUAUAUCUAGUUUCCAUCACUUAUGGGGAUAUUCUCUAUUUGCAUUAGUAUGCGGAGUACUUGUGGUUUUAUUCAUUCCUCGAGCAAUGUUGAUUUUAAUCAUGUUGACAACUUUAUUUAUACUUCCUCUUUAUACCGGAAUUACCUCACUUCCACUCCAGUCUCCUCGGAGUAAUAAUGAUGACACCUCUUUUUUAAAUGGAGACAAAGAAAUUGCCAUUAGCGACGCCGAAAUGCCAGGGACGUAUAGGAGUGUUGACGGAGGCGUCAUCAACGAAGGUUUUAGUAAAUAUUAAAGAGAAAAAUAAACAGAAACAUAAAUUGAAAUCCAGAAUUAUAUCAAUUAAACUAUGUGUUAAUCAAACCAUUAAAUGUUAAUAAAACUAUUUUUUACAUUAUCGACAUAUUCAGUUGAAAUCCAUUAUAUUGUAUGUACUAAAAAGUGUGUCGGAAUGUGAUAGUAAUAAUAAUUUUCAUAAAUGUCACUUCAAAUCGGUAAUUAUGUCAGGCAAUGAUUAAUUUGAAGUUUGAUAUUGGAAUUUCUGUCUUAGUUCGGAAAAGACAAUUGUCGAAUAGAUUUUCAAAUAAUUUUCAUGUUUGUUCUUCUUACAUCGAACGUUUUUAUUAUAUCACAUAGUAUCAUGGUCUAAAUGAUAAUAAGAAAUAUUGAAAAUCAAAAUCAAAACUAGAAAUAGAAGGCUUCAUAACUGCUUAAAACAAAGACGUAUAAAUAUUUUCAGUGGACUGAAAAGGUCUUAUUAAAAUAUUUGAAUACCUACCUUCGAAAUAGAGCUUUCUCAUUUUAGUCAAUUCUCGUCAUUAGCGCCUUGUUAAGAAAAUAAGAAAAGAGUAGUUAUGAUGAAUGAAAACGUUGGAUUUCAAUGAACGUAAUUAAUAUAAUACUGGUAAUUUAUUAAGUCAUGGAUUUAGUUACCACACAUUACUUAGAACCUUUUCUAAAUUCUUUCAUAGAUAUAAAUAUUUAGAUUGGAAGUUUGAUAGUAAAAAUUUAUUUUAAACGGGAUAGCACAGCCUAAUUUUACGGUGAUUUGUUACCGAGCCCGUAAAUUUAGAUACGAUCCGUGUAAACUGAUCUAUCCUUUAAGAAAACGUAUUAUAAAAGGUUACCAAUUUAAUACUGCAAUUAGAUCUUUGCAUAAUGUGUUUUAACUUUAUAUAUAUUUAUGUAUAGAUAUUUAUUUUGUUGUCAAUAAAUUAAAACCCAAAUAAA